UUUGGGUUCUGGCCAGAUGGUGUCUUCUAGAUAAGGCUGAUAAAAAGUCUUUCAACUCGCGCGCGCUCUUCCGCACUCCCGCUCAAUUUCAAUCUACCACUACCAAUACGAUUUUGAAUUCCAAAUUUAUUCCAAAAGAUUUCUAAUUUUCAUUUUUGGACACUCGUAUUUCGUUUCACUUCUAUGGAGUAGGAUAUUUUUAAUCCGCGCUAUUGGGGCAUGGAGUCGGCGACCACGUGUUGGGAAGCCGACGAGGGGUGGGAGCUUUAUAACGAUGAUGGCUUCGUCUACAAGCGCAAGAAGCGCUGCCGCGACCCUGUGGCGGCCGAACAACCCGCAUCUAGCACGGAUCCCGAAGCGGAGGAGAGGAACCGGAAGGAGCGGAAGAGGAGGACACUGCUGAAGCUGAAGGCGCAGUACCAGAGAGAGAUCGACCAGUGGGAGCUUUUGUCGAACAGCUUGCGUGCAAUGGAGGAGAAAGCCGGUCACAGCCAACGUCAGAGUUCGAUUCUACAAAAACAACAAGCUGAACGCGAGGGACUAGCGCAAACGGCGGCGCUCGGUGCUUCGCCUCAGUAUUUGCCGGAGGUUGUUGAUGGGUUACCCGUGGAUGAGCUUCUCUUGCAGGUGGAAGCCCAGGAAGCCAUAAUACGGGAUAUUUCAAAUUUAUGCGAUGUAGCAGAAGCUACGUGCAAUGCACAAGAAGAGCGAUUGAAACAAUCUUUAAUCGAUCUUCCAAUAUGGGCUUCACCGCAUGAGCUCAUCGCAUCACUUUGUGAUGAUUGAGCUUCUUCUGGAUGGGGUUUGCAUCUUCGACCUUGGAAAGGAAAAGGUUGAAGCCAAGCCUUCCACUGGUAUGCUUGAUCUUGACGUAUAACAGUAAUUUUUUGCGCUCAAAGAAGGCCUUACUUCUGUAAGCUGUUGUCAUGUAGAAUUAUUACUUUCGGACGGAUAGGGAAAUUUUUUUUAGUUACUUUUUAUUUUUUUAGAUCUUGUGUUUUAUUAGGAGCUGUGUAAUUGGACUAACCAUCUAAUGAAUGAACGGUAGAUGGAAAAUGCCUAGAGAUGAGGGUGACAAUUGUGUCAUGAAGUAACUUAAAACGACGCGGUUGCAUUGUUGGCCGAAAGCAUGGUCACCUUGAUUUCAAUAUACCAUUUUGAAAGCUGAAAAAUCGAAGGCUAGGUAUACUGCUUGUUUGAGUA